AGCCCAGCCGUGCGCUGCGCCAAUGCCGCUGGUCGCGAGCCCCCAGCCCCUAGAGGGGCUCAACCGCCAGGCUCCCUGCUUCCACCCUGUGAGCUGUUGAGCCGCGACCAGGAUGGGAAACGAGGCCAGUUACCCAAAGGAGAUGUGCUCUCCUUUCGAAAAAGGUGAAAUUAAAAGGCUGAGCAAACGUUUCAAGAAGCUCGACUUGGACAGCUCGGGCACUCUGAGCGUGGAGGAGCUUAUGUCCCUGCCCGAGUUACAGAACAACCCGUUAGUGAAGCGGGUGAUCGACAUCUUCGACACGGACGGCAACGGAGAAGUGGACUUCGAGGAGUUCGUCACCGGCCUCUCCCAGUUCAGCGUCCGAGGCAAUGAGGAACAGAAGCUGCGGUUCGCCUUCAGCAUCUACGACCUCGACAAAGACGGCUACAUUUCCAACGGGGAGCUCUUCCAAGUGCUGAAGAUGAUGGUGGGAGAAAACCUCAAGGGCUGGCAGCUGCAGCAGAUGGUGGACAAAACCAUCAUCAUUAUGGAUAAGGAUGGUGACGGGAGACUAUCCUUCCAGGAAUUCAGCGCGCUGGUCAGGGGCCUAGAGAUCCACAAGAAGCUGGUCGUGACCCUGUGAGCCUUUUUUGCGACAGUAUCACUCAACAGCUUUUGCUCUCUUUGCUCUCAUUCAUCGCUACUCCAGCCGUCCAACAACUAUUUCUCUACUACCUGGAAUCGCUCCUCUCUGAAACUUUGGCUUUGUCACCAUUGCAGUGUUAGGAAUUGUUCUCUCCAUGACUCAGGGUAUCACCCUAAGAGCAGAGGAGCAAGAUGAAGGAGUUUGGUGAGAGAAGAAAUUGCUUAAUAAAUGUCUUUGUUUGUUUUGAUUCGGUGGCCAAAAUGUAUACUGUCAACAGAACUUGAAAAGCUUAAGAAUAAGAAAAUAUAUACACGAUUUGCAUUGGGUGUCA